AUGAGCCAUCCCGUCGACUUACAAACUGUUCACCUAGAAUAUAGCUCAUUGGCGGCGGUCGUAAAAAAGAAAGUGAGAACCUUUGAGGCUGUUCUCGCUGCUGCAGGAGAAGAUGAGAAUGCCAUUUCCGACACACAAUACAACGCCAUGCUAAGUGAUGUAUUCGAACUUCUGGAUAGAGGGCAAAUUCUGAGGUAUCAAUUGGUGAAUUUAUACACAACUUCAAAAGAUCCGGCCUUUCUCAAUAACUACGGUAAAACUGUUGAUGGCCUGAAUAUGAUGACAGAACGCUUGAUGCAUUUUUUAGAUGAUCUAAAUGCUAGGUGCCCCUCGAAAAUCAAUAUAUCAUGA